AACUGAGCCAGGGCUGCUCAAAUUAAAGCCCAUAACGUUAAAGAUUUUACUGGGACCUGAUGCCUUUGUGCCUGAUGUUGUUUAAGGUUUCUCCCCACUUGUUCCCAGAGUUCUACGUCUAGCAUUCCUUCCUCUGGGAACCAUGGGCUUUGUACUCCAUUAUUGACCACACUAGUUUUUAAUUCCUUCAACAACUUAAAUUCUUGUGGAGUGUGUUCAUGAAUAACCUACUGUGGAUUAUUUGGAUCAGGCCUUAUGGAAAUAAGAAAAGCGCAAGGUCCUAAGGGCUCUCCAGCUAUGACAGCAGAGCGUAAAAUUCUUUGUAUUGGGGUUUCUAUUUCUACUACCAAAGGAGGCGAUACAGAUGUUUCUGCAAUUGGAGGAGGCGGUAUAGGCCAAUUUUAAUCCUCCCUGUCCUGUUUUUUAUUUUCAAUUCGUGCUGUGGGUGGGACAACAGAUUCAGAUUUUUAUGAACAGCAACAGAAUAGGGUGCUCUACACAAAGUUGGACAGGUCAUGGAAUGCCAUUAGAUGACUUGUCGCAAAAGGAAAUCUGUCAAACAACGCAUCCCCUUAAAAGGAUUAUGCAGACUGCUAUGCCUCAUCUAACCUUAGAUUUUUGCCUAAAUCAACAAACAACAAACUCGCAUGCAAGUCAGAAGAAAAAAAAAGCUGCCCCAAGCUUCCUGUGCCUAUAGUUUUAUGCUAAAUUGAUUCUGACAUUUCAGGCAAUUAAAAGUAACUCCAAUUAAUUCACUCAUAAUUUUGGCUGACUGCUAAUCUAAAUGUCCACAAUUGAUAGGCUAGCCCUAUACAUCAACGAGGUAAGCACAGAAAGGAGUCAUGGUUUUGAGGAAUGCCUGUGGGUUUAUUCUCCACCAUAGCAAUGAGAUGUCAACUGUGAUCGUGCUCUAUAAAAUAUAGAAACUGUAGGUAGUCUAAAGCUGCAGAAGAAACUGCUAUUAAUAUAGAGAUAAACCAAUUAAUCUAACCUACUGAACAUCAGUGGUCUGUUAAGCAGUUUCACCAGCGAGGAGAUAGACUGGCAAUUUUUUUCUCUAAAGAGCUAAAUAAUGAAUAUUUUAGGAUUUCCAGCCACGUGGUCUCACUUGCAAUUACUCAACUCUGUCUGCUUCUGUAUGGCAAAAGCAGCCACAGACGAUACAGAAAUGAAUGUGUACGCUGUGUUCUAAUGCAACUAUGGGCAUUAAAAUUUCUUGAUUUUCAUGUGUAACAAAAUACUGUUAUUUUGAUUUUUUUAAAUCCAUUUACAAAGUAAAAAUCACCCUUAGCCAGGCGCGGUGGCUCACGCCUGUAAUCCCAGCUCUUUGGGAGGCUAAGACGGGUGGAUCACGAAGUCAGGAGUUCCGAGACCAGCCUGGCCAACACGGUGAAACUCUGUCUCUACUAAAAAUACAAAAAUUAGCCGGGGGUGGUGGCGUGCGCCUGUAAUCCCAGCUACUCAAGAGGCUGAAGCAGAAUUGCUUGAAUCCAGGAGGCGGAGGUUGCAGUGAGCCACUACACUCCAGCCUGGGUGAUAGAGCAAGACUCCAUCUCGAAAAUAAAAAUAAAAAUAAAUUAAAAAAUAAAAAAACCACUUAGCUCACUGGCUAAACAAAAUCAGGUAAUUGGCCUGUACCUGACAGUCAAUUUCUGGUCACUAAUGAUGACCACAUAUCCAAAUUAUAGUAAAGUUACCCAAGAGAGACAAAGAUUAGAGAUUAGUGUCACGAUCCACGUUCUGCCAGCACUAGGUGGCACGAGCUGCUACAGCCCUUCCGCGGGUUUAAAAGGCGGUCGACGUCCCUCAACCUCUUGCUAUGCCUGAAAACAACCGAGUAAAAGGCAUCCAAAGACUUGAGAACGCAAGGUUUCAGGAAAGCAAUCAGGAAGGGCAAAACAUGGGGCAGCCACUACACAGCCCCUCCGUCUUAGGGCACAGGUACUAAACGGGUUGUAAGAGACCCAAGUCACAUCCUUCAGAAACGUGCUGGCGCGGGCCCAGGCAGACAGGGAUUCCACCCCGGCGAAGGCCGCAAACGGCGCGAGGCGGGAAGGCGCAGGCUCCACCUUCCGCCGCCCCCAGAUCACCGACAGUGACCCGCGCGCACAGGCAGGCUAGGACCGCGGGCGCUCAAGGCAGACACCCGGCCCGCCGACGUCUCCGCGCCGCCCGCCGGGCCACCCGGAGAGCCCGCUGCCCAGCGCCUGGCAGCGCGGACAAUCUCCCUCCGGGCAGUGAUGACGGUCCUUCGCGCCGGAGGGCCCAGGGAGGAAAGAGAUAAGCAGAAAGACACCAGGGAAGGGCACCACGCUUCGGACCAACCCCAGCCACAGCCAUUGAGAAGUCGCCGCACCCCGCGGCGCCGACGCACGUUUCCAGCGCUCUUGAGAGACCAGACCCUGAGAGUCUCGCGGGAUCUCACUUUUCUCGGCGGCGCAGGGAAUGAGACCGAUCGCGGGAAUUCCACCGGCGCCGGGAGACUGUCUGGUGACCUCGCGACUCCUCCCACGUCUCGCUGGGCAGCCCGCCUUGCGCAUGCGCAGGCGGCAGUGACAAGGCUACGAUUCGCGCGACCGGCCGGCGCUAUGGGGCUGAGCCGCGUGCGGGCCGUUUUCUUUGACUUGGACAACACUCUCAUCGACACGGCCGGGGCGAGCAGGAGAGGCAUGUUGGAGGUGAUAAAACUCUUACAAUCAAAAUACCAUUAUAAAGAAGAAGCUGAAAUCAUCUGUGAUAAAGUUCAAGUUAAACUCAGCAAGGAAUGUUUUCAUCCUUACAAUACAUGCAUUACUGAUUUAAGGACUUCACAUUGGGAAGAAGCAAUCCAGGAAACAAAAGGUGGUGCAGCCAAUAGAAAAUUGGCUGAAGAAUGUUAUUUCCUUUGGAAAUCUACACGUUUACAGCAUAUGACACUAGCAGAAGAUGUCAAAGCCAUGCUUACUGAACUUCGAAAGGAGGUCCGCCUACUUCUAUUAACGAAUGGGGACAGACAGACCCAGAGGGAGAAGAUUGAGGCUUGUGCCUGUCAGUCCUAUUUUGACGCUGUUGUUGUAGGUGGAGAGCAGAGAGAGGAGAAACCAGCACCGUCCAUAUUUUAUUACUGCUGCAAUCUUCUUGGAGUAAAACCUGGGGACUGUGUGAUGGUCGGUGACACAUUAGAAACCGACAUCCAAGGAGGCCUCAAUGCAGGAUUGAAAGCAACAGUCUGGAUCAAUAAAAAUGGAAUAGUGCCACUGAAGUCCUCCCCAGUUCCGCAUUACAUGGUUUCUUCUGUGCUAGAGUUACCUGCUCUCUUACAAAGUAUAGACCUCAAAGUCAGUAUGUCCACUUAAAGCACAUAAAAGGGCAUGAUUAUGAAUGUUAGAGUCAAUUUGCUGAGUAUGAAAUAAGAAAAGUUAGGGCACUCCACUUAUAAUAAUCCAGCUCUAAGAAUAAUUUUACUUAUGAUUUAAUGGCCAAUAUUUUGAAGGUCUUCCUAACCCUAUUGUUUCUAAGUUUUAACAACCAACCAUUGAGUGGUACUUAUAUCUGAAAAUUCAGAUUGCAUGAAUUCAGGUCAGUAGUAUAGCCCAGAAAAUUUGAGGAAAUAUAUUAUUUGUUAGUCUGUAACUGGAGCUUUUUAAAAUUAUGUUAUUAAUCUUUUAGUAUCUUGGCUGCAUAAUGCCAAGCAGGAUUGCUUUACACAUGGAUGCACAAAUGUAAGGUUUAUCUUCUGGCUUAAAAAGAGAUAUUUUUAAAAAAUAGAUUUUCUAAAACAGAUUUAUCAAAGCAAGUGAAUCUGGUUAAUAUGAAAUAAGUACUAAGUCACAUGUAAAUCAAGGUAUUUUAUAGUGAAAUUAUUUUGCAUAUUUUGAAAACAUAAACCAUAGUUUUUGUCUACUUUGGAUAUAUACUUUCUUUUAUGAACCUGAUUUUUCUGUAUGCCUUUUUUUUUCAGAGGGCAGGGAGCAAUUUUUCUAUGGCAUGUGAUAGAUUCCUCCAGUUAGAAAAAGCUGUUAAAAUCAACACGUGGUGCUCCUUUACCAUGACAUUUUCUCACCUGUGCACAGUGAGCUGGUAGCUUCCUUUUAGUCUUCACCUCUCAAGGAAAUGUUUUUACUGUCUUUUCCCAGACACACAGUGGGGUUGAGGGAGCUAGGCUGUUUUGCUAGAGAUAAUUGCAAGGCACAUGGCACUACAAGUCAUUUUUCUUCUGUGGAUCCAUAAGAGGAACAUUUCCUCAGUGUAGCCUAACCAUGCAGCCCCCAAUCUGUUCCUUUUUUUUUUUUGAAAUGGGAUCUCUGUCGCCCAGGUUGGAGUGCCAUGGCACCAUCUCGGCUCACUGCAACCUCUGCCUCCUGAGCUCAAGUGAUCCUCCCACUUCAGCCUCCCAAGGGUGUGUAUGUGACUACAAGCACACACUACCACGCCCGGCUAAUGUUUUUUUUUUUUUUUGUAGAGAUGGGAUUUUGCCAUGUUGCCCAGGCUGGUCUCGAAUUCCUGGACUCAAGUGAUCCUCCCACCUCAGCCUCCUAAAGUACUAGGAUUACAGGCAUGAGCCACUGUGCCUGGCCCCCUCAUCUGAUAGAAAAUUAGAUUUUGCUAUGAGCCAUUUUCCGAGGGCCAAUUUAAUACGCUUGUGACUCUUCUUAGAGUUACCAUCUGCCUUAAGUUUCCUCUGUUUUUCACAUUCUUGGAAAUAUAUCAUUGUUUUGCAAAUUUCUAUAUCUAAUUCAGGGUUUACCAGGAGCUUAAUAAUUAAUGGCUACAUAGCAAGGCAUCAUCUUGGAACCGGAGAAUUUUCUCUGGACUAUUAGGCUAGACAGUCUCAUGAUUAUACUAACCAAACCUGGAGUAAAGUGGUUGAAAAAAAAGAAAGCAUAAAGGGGCUUAUUAAAGUGGUUAAUAAAUAUGAUUUAGGUUGGUUUUUGAUAUGUUUUUCUUCCAGCUGUUAUAUAAGAAACUACUAAUGUAAAAUAGUAGGCUGUAUGUUGGAUGUGUAUAGCUAUGUCUUCAAGACUAAUACUCAGAGAAUCAAAUUGUAGAUUGUACCCAUCUGUGAGCCUAUUUCUUUAGCCAGUUUUCUGUCUACUGCCAAGAAACAGGAUUCUCUGCCUCAUGCAAAUGCCCUUUUGUGUUUACUUUUCGCUCUUGAUUUUUAAAAAUGUGAUUGUGCCCUUGACUGUCCCAAAGUGCUAUUGCUAUAACAGUGAACGUUUGUGAACAGAGGAUGUUUGUAGUUUCAAGUGCAGUACCCAUAUGACCUUGAUCAUAUUUUAGCUAUUUAAAAAUUAAGUUGGAGGAUUGUGGCAGAAGUAGUCAUGUGCAUGAUUGCUCUGAUAGAUUGGUUGGCGUGUGCUGCAGGGGGCUUGUCCUUUUAACUCUCCCACAGGAUGGUUGUAGGCAGUGUCACAUUCAUUAUGCUGAGAGUGAAGGUUCAUCACUCCUAUAUCGUGGUAGCAAAUCUCAGCAAGAUAGCUUCUAGGAUGUUAAGUGAGCAGUUCUCCAGCAGAAAUGAUAUAGGAGGAAAAAAUUGAAUAAUUGAAUUUCCUUGUCUUCACAGUUUGUAUUCGACAGAGUACAGUAAUGUAUUACAUUCCAUUUGCACCCUUCCUUAGGGAAGAACUUUGUGGUUAUCUACCUUCUGAGUGGAAUGUUACACAAAAUAUUUUAAAAUAUUGGAAUAAACCUAUGAUUUUAUUAAUAAUA